GGGGGCUCUCGAGGUUCGAUGGGCGCAGGCGGGCGCGCCGCGCGCGUUCCUGGGCAUUCCUGACGCGAGCCGGAUCGCGCGGGCUGUCGGACCUUUUGCGGGCCCUCCCCCCCUCUGGGUUCAUCAUUCCGUCCUCCCGCGUCUCUUCCCACUUCCAUCACGCCGUCUAGAAGCAAUGACGUCAAGGUCUCAUCAACGCAUCCCCACACGGCGAUGUCAUAGCCUGGUAACGACGGGAAGACAGCAGUUUGCAGCGAGGUGAUUGCGCGAGAAGGGGUAUAUAGGGGGGGGAGAGAACGGUCGCUGAUGCUGUCUCUCGUCUUUACUCUACACACACACAUCUCUCUCAAACCAUCAAUCAACAACUCUUCCUCACGUCUCCGGACACCUAGAGUACUCAACAAACCUACCUACCUACUGUAAAGCCAAAUCCUUCCCCACCACACCAUAUGCCUCGCGACGGAUCCGGCCACGGCGACAACUCGAUGGAAUUCGAUCCCGCCGUCAAGCAGAACAUUACGCACGGCGUCGGCGCCGACGAGUCCGCCAAGGUCGCUCGCGCAGACAAGACGGCCACGCCCCCGCCCGGCGAAAAGGGCUUCGCGAUCGAGGGGCUCGGCGGCAGCGGCGGCGCCUCCACCGGCCAGACCGGCACCCGCGACCUGAGCGCCAAGCAAUAAACUGGCUU